AUGGAGGAACAAAUAAAGAAUGAUUUAGCGAUAUAUCUAUCAUGUAAUCCAGAUAGAGUUAAGCAAACAAAGAUGCCACUUCUUGUUUAUCCUGUUCCUGCUGUUGUUAAUGCAUUAUAUCUUCCAAAAGAUGCUGUAGAAAGAUUUAGAGUUUACGAUCUCUGUUAUGAGUUAGGAAAACCAGCAGAACAUUUGUUGAAUAACAUUUAUGAUGAGUGCAGGAACACAGAAGAUCCAUUAUCUCAGCUAUCUGCCAUUGAAUUCAUUCAUCAACAUAAUAUGUAUCAACCAGAAUUCUUCAUUCAGUUAUUUAAAGACUUCAUGAAUGAUCCUCUUCUCAUUCCAACCAUUGCUACAGCAACAGUUCCUAUGUUAUUAGUCGAACCAGAAAAAUACGAAGAUUUUCUUAAAUUCAUCAUUGACCACGCAACAACUGACAUGAAAGAUCUCCUUGGCACUCUUCCUGAUAUCGCUCGUAACAAAUUUGGAACAAAAUUAUUAUUAGACUCCCAAAACUUCAAAGAAUUCAUUAGCGAAAUGCAGCAUGAUGUCGAACUCCGUACAAUGAACUUCUACAUUAGGACAUUAAUGAUCAGAAACUUAGAUGAUCCUAAAAAAGUCAUAGUUGAACCGAAAUUGAUCCUCAGAUCAUUGAAUAACCCAGCUGUUGGACUCCGUGUUGCUUGUCUCGAACACGUAGCUGCAGCUGCGAAAUACUGUUUGGACAAUUUCCUCCAAGAACAAGGAUUUGUUAGCGCAAUGUGCGAUGUAACAAUGGAUACAACGAUUGACGAAGAGAAAUCCAGGCUAAAGGCUCAGGACGCACUCGGAAUCAGCCUCAAAGUCGCUGGAAGCAAGGCUCCAACGCAAUUACGUAAGGAGGCAGAGCCAGAACUCAUGGUCAUCUAA